CAAGAACAAUCUUGGAGAAACAAUCCGCCUUGUCUCGUCUUUAUUUAUUGUUCAACAACGAGGCCUAUUGUUCUUUUCCUUUGGUCUUAUUAUUCUCGCCUCCCACAAAGGAUAUAAUUCUGCCUAUUUCUCUUACUUACCAGGGCAACCCAUCUACAUCCACCACGCCGCGUCGUAUUCAUUCGUCUGUUAUUUUUCACUUCUUCGCGCAAGUCGCAAGUCACCUUUCUUCUUUCUAUCUUCGAGAACAAACUAUUUUCGUACUAUUUACACCUUCCUUGUUCAUCGAACAAUCCCUUUCAACCUCGCAGACAAUAGAGGAACACAUCUAAGACACCUUUUCUCCCCUCGAGGGCCUACUUCUUCUAGUUAUAUCUCUUUUCUCGCAGGCGAGACAAUCAAGUCAACAUCAGACGACAAAAGUUACCUAAAACUGUCUUAACUUACUUCGAGAUGCCUCUUCACAACAUUUCCAAAGCGAUUUCGCUUACACUUCUCGCGGCCUCGGCCUUUGUUGAUGCCCACUCCUGGGUCGAACAGGUCCGCAAGAUCGACUCUACAGGUGCCUUCACAGAUCCCGUCGGUUACCCCUUCGCAUUCAUGAACCGUUCAGCUCUCGGUUUCAACGACCAGUUAGUCCAGAACAAGAUCUUAGAUACAACAUCUAACCCUCCCGUGUGCAAACCCAAGGCCGGUGCUUAUGACCAUCUGGAUCGACUCACCGCAGCUCCUGGAGACCAUAUCGCCCUCCUCUACCAGGAGAAUGGACACGUCACUCAGCCUAAUCUUACACCGCGUCCCUACCGUGAUGGACUCGUCAGCAUCUACGGUACCCUCCAGCAUGAGGACUCAGAUGGUAUUAAUGAUGUUCUGGGCGCAUGGACUGCCGAUGGUAAGGGCGGUAACGGCAAAGGUAAACUUCUAGGAACCCAUUUCUACGAUGAUGGUCAAUGUUAUCAGAACGCCGGUCACAACUUCGCUAUCCCCAUCUACGCCACACGUUACAAGGAAUACGGCCUAGAAGAGUUGUACUGCCAGACAGACUUCCAACUCCCAGAGGAUCUCCCUAACGAGGGGACCUACACGGUCAUGUGGGUUUGGGAUUGGCCUCUCAUCACGUCCGACACUACGAACGUCACCGAGAUCUACACAUCGUGUGCCGAGAUCCAACUUGAGGCCCCUAAGGGCGGUAAUAAUGCCCAGGUUAAGUUCUCAGAGAGCAAUCCCAUCAACAAGGCGGCCAUCAAGUCCCAGCUUCAGACGCAGUUUGAGGCUACCGGUUUGGGAAUCGGAACCAAUCCCCCAGCUGCACCUACCGAGACAACAGCUACCUCCGUGGACAACAGCAGCCCAACCUCAGAGCCUGCAACUUCGGUAGAAACUUCCACAUCGAAGAAGCAUCAUCACAGUGGAGUCAAGACCGUCACCGUUACCGCGGAUGCUCAUACAACGACCAAGUGGCAAACAGUCACCAUUGGUGGUGGUGCUGGAACCACCACCGGACGAUCUGAGUCGUAUGCAACCAUCAGUCCUACCUUGGCCCAGAACGUCUCUACUUCAGCAAAGCAAGCCGCGCCUACUUCCAUCGUGCCCGUCACCUCGAUCUCCAAGUUCAUGAAGCCACGGGCAACGGGACAGGCGCGACGAAACAUCAGCUACGCAUGAAGGAGAAGACCUCAAUUAUUCGAGGACUGUAUAACCGGCAUUCAACUAGUUUUGUUUCCUUAAUGAUACCCCCU